AUGUCUAUGAACUUCCCGGCAAUCACCGCCGCAUGCGUGAACUCGGACCUGGUCGAGCCUCACAGCAUCCAUCCUCGUCCUGACGAGUACUUUUGGGACCUUCCAAUUCACGUCUCUCACCACAACGAGACGUCUCAGAAAGCAUGUGCGGAUUUCCUCCUCAAAUGGACCGAAGCCCUCAACGCAGAUGGUCUAGGGGUAAAGGGUUUCGAGUUUCACGGAAGCGCAAACAACCUCUGCAACUUCAACUCGUGUGCCUUUCCCGAGACCCUCCCGGAGCGGAUGGUGCUGCUUACGGAGGUCAGCGACUUUGGGUUCUUCUGGGAUGAUAUCACCGAUGCGCUGAGCCCGGAGCAAAGCAAGGAAAUCACGCAGGACCUCGCGGUGGUCUUGCUGGCAGAGCUGAAGCUCGGUCAGCGUCUGGAACCGAAGCUGGAAAUCAGCAAGUUGGUCAUCGGGAUGCUCCGUGAAAUCCUAGAUCAAGAUCGCGAGCUAGGACUUCGAAUGGUCGAUGGCUGGAAGGGCCACCUGGAGGGCACAUCCAAGAGCACGCACAAUGAUAUGUCGUUUGAGCAGUACAAAUGGCAUCGGCUGGGCGAGGUUGGGGCUGUCUGGGGCAUAGAAUUAGGAUGCUGGGGGGCUGAUGUCCGAGUCUCCCAGGAGGCGAAAGACUCAGUUAGGAGCUGGCUCAAUCCAGGUCUGCUAUCUGUGAUGCUCACGAACGACUAUUACAGCUUCAACAAAGAAGUCGCUGAGCAUGAGCGGGCGGGCACGCUCGAUCGGAUGCAGAAUGCCCUGGGCUUGCUUAUGCGAGAGUACGGGUAUUCCGAGGAAGAAGCACGGAGCAUCGUGAUACAGGAAAUCAAGAACGGAGAGCGAGAUAUGAUGAAGGAAUAUCACCUCUGGGAGGAGACAGAAGGGUGGAAGCCUGAGAACUAUGAGCUCCGCAGGUAUAUCGCUGUAGCUUUCUUCAUGAUUGGUGGUAGUUCCUUUUGGAUCUCUCACUCUUUACGGUAUAGCCGUGAGGACAUCGCCAGUACCCCCGAGCAACGAGCAGCAUUGACUGGAAAAGGACAUGGUGAACUUCGCGUUUUGGAGGGCUAUGCUCCGCCUAAGGUGCAGCCACAGUGUCACCUACAGCAGAAGGUGGUUCCCUUGUCCCAAGUCGAACCUUCAACCACCAACGGUGUUAUCAGCAAUGGUACCAACGAUGUCAGUGGGGUCCAUCGCAAAAGUGCAAAUGGAUAUGGGACCAACAAGCAUACGAAUGGAGUAUAUGGUGUUGACUCUGACUCUAUCUCCGUCUAUGUCAAUCCAUACUUCACGGCAUCCAGCAAUGCUUGUGAUGAGCCCUUUGACUAUGUCAAUUCCCUUCAGGGCAAAGGCAUCCGCAACAAGUUCAUCGAUGCCAUGAAUUCUUGGUAUCAGGUUCCGCCAGCCUCUUUACAGAUCAUCAAGCAUGUAGUUCAAGUCUUGCACAACGCAUCCCUCAUGCUCGACGACGUGGAAGAUGCCUCAGCUCUGCGUCGAGGUCAUCCAGCAACACACAUCCUCUAUGGCGCCAGCCAGACAGUCAACAGUGCCACCGCUGCCUACGUCAAAACUGUGCAAGACAUCUUGCGGCUACCGAGUGAGCAAAAGAGUCUGAGGAUAUUUGUCGAUGAGUUGCUCAGCCUCCACAAUGGCCAAGCACUCGAAUUGCUCUGGUGCUACCAGAAUAAAUGCCCAUCCGUCGAAGAAUACCUGACCAUGGUCGACAACAAAACAGGUCGCCUGUUCCACCUCAUGCUCCGUCUGAUGCAGGCUGAAUCUACGUUUUUCAAAUUCUCAUCUUCUUCAUCUAUCUCCCACCUCUUGACUCUUUGCGGGAGAUACUACCAGAUCCGAGACGACUAUCUGAAUCUUACAUCUGAGGAGUACACAACCAAGAAAGGCUUCUGCGAAGACUUAGAUGAAGGCAAAUUCUCCCUCCUCUUAAUCCACCUCUUCAACCAUACAAAGCACCCCGGACGUAUUAUGGGUGCCUUGUUCAAGCGCGCUCCCGGGGCAAGCGGCGUCACGAACGAAGUCAAGACGCAUAUACUGCAGGCAAUGGAAGCUGCAGGGACCUUUGAGUUUGUGCGCAGGGUCUUGCAGUACAUUCAUGCAGAGCUGCUGAGGGUCUUGGAAGAGGUUGAAGGGCAGAUGGGCCCGAAUAAUGGGCUAAAGGUGUUGGUCUUGGGGAUGGCGAUUUAA